GAUAAUUCUCGAGCACUCGGGAAAGAGAUGGGACGCGCCAUUUCUAGUUCUCUGACAUACACGAACCACGUCUGAAGGAGCGGGGAACGGGGCACUUCAGAGGCAACCAAAGAUGCACUUUGUUGUCCCAGUCAUAUUCUGUUUCUGCGCUCAAGUGUGUAUAACAUCAGCAGCGCUCAACAGUGAUGAUGCAGCACGGCAAUUAUUUCGAAAAGGAAAUGAGCGUAAAGUGCAUCAAGAAAGUUUACCGCAGCAAGAAGAAAGUUUUUUUUAUUCAACUUCGGGAUCAAUGAAACAUGAGCCAGCUCAAGUAGAGAACCAGCGCAUCAUAAGAGAGAAACGGACACCAAGAAGGGUCCUAGGCUGCCCUGGUAACCAAUACUACGACGCCAACUUGGGAAGAUGCAUGACCAAUGAUGAUGAAGUUACUACUGAGGAUUCUCAACCAGGAAGUUCGAAUACACCGUCAACAACUACAACGGAAAUAUCUCAGCAAGCAAGUUUCAGCGAAACGCAACCAAGUGGUCCAAUAACAGUCAUCGGCCCAUCACCUUCUACUCCACUAGCAACUAUAGAAACAACGAAGCAGUCGCCAACUACUACAGAAUCUCGGAGUGCCACGACAGAAGAUACUGAACAUCCAGAAGCAACAAGUUCCAGUAUACCAUCAUCAACCGGGAAGGAAGCACGUCGGCCGUUCAGUACCAGCGGAAAACCAGCAAUCGAAUCAACAACAAUUUCUCCUGCACCCAGCGAGGCAGCGGGUCGUGUAGACCAAUCGGAUAAAGGAACUUCUCCAACAAAUGCUCUAUCGAACGACCCGGAGGAUAUACAUCAAAUGACAACUACCCCUGCAGAACACAACGGCACGAGUAUCGAGCCAGGUGCUGAAGAACUUAUCACGGAUAAACGAGGGGUUUCUCCUAUGGUUGUUUUCUUUGGGGCCCUCCUAUGCUCGAUCGUUGUGACAGCACUGAUUGUGGCCAGCAGCUACAAAUUACGACUUUCGAGAAGGAGAUCGGAGACUUGGAAACUUAGUUGUGUGCAAAACAUGAAUAAUUUAUCAAAAGAAAAUAAAAAACACAGUCCCGAGACAUUGGUUUAUCAACGAAACAUCAGUAGCUUCCGAAUUGGGAAGAAUCUGUAAUACGAUAAUUCCGGAUUUAACAAGACCUGGAUGUCAAUAAAAGGUCCAAGUAUAUCUUAA